GCCCUGAAUCUCCAGCCGCAGGGGGGUGGGCCCAGCCCACGCUGAGUGCAUGGCUCUUAAUCCUUAUGGAUGAUGUUUUAAUCAGCAAGACCAACCGACACCCACAAAUUCGUCCGUGCAUGUCUUGAAAACUAGUUCUUUCUUCUGGUUAAGCAAACCUCUGCAUCUAACAGGAAAAUGCACUAAUCAAGUGCCCAGAAGGUGAAACAAAGGGAGGUACACAAUAGUACGUAGAAACUUCUGAAACUGCAACAGGGCAACACCACACAGCAUGUUGGUUCGGUAUAAUCACUUUAAUUCUAUACACUACAUUACCAUCUCAUUGUCAUUUCACUAUGUAAGAUGUGACGUAUUUAUCUCUAGUAAUUGAUCCUUUAUUGAAGUGACUUUUUAUUAUCCAAUAAUAAUAAAUAUAUCAGAUCUUACAUAAUGAGAUAGAAAUAAGAUAGAAGUGUAAUAUAUAGAAUUACUUGGUUUAAAAUAGGAAAAAGGAAUACUCGUGUCCUAAGAGGAUAAGAAUCCAUCUUGUCUGCCUAUGUGAAAUUUUAGUUGAUGACAGCAAAUUCUGCAAGCACAUAAUAGCAAAAGGGGUUGUAGUCCAAGCCAUCACCUAUUGGUCAUCGAGUUUUUUCUGCUUAAACUAUGGUAUUUAGGUUCAUGGGAAUGCACAAACAAACAACAUUAAUGUUAAGAGUCGGCAAACCUAGAAGAUGGAACAAAGUGAUAAUUGAUCCAUGAUAAAGAAAGGCACUUACAUCGUUAAACUCAAAAGCCGAAAAGCUCCCCUCCACCAUCCCUCGAAAGUCUCUUGCUCAUGCAUAUAUUUCGGUCCAAAACAAAACACUACACAGUUCCGAAAUGACAGAAAGCGAAGCUCAUAUUACUGCAAAUGGCAUGUUGUCCCAACCAACUCUCUCUCUCUCUCUCUCUCUGUGAGACACACAAACAGACACUAGGCUAACUCUGCUUUACAUCUAGAGCCAUGAAGCAUGCAGAAAAAUAGAAGUUCGUGCACUUAGAAACUGUUGUUGACAGGUACGUGAGCCUCUCUCUUGGGCUCGAGAGCAUUAGAAGUAAUGCUGUUGGAGGCAUUUAGUUCCUACUGGGAAGACAAAGUGGGGGUCCGUCCUAAAUCACCGACCCAUGCAUAAAUUAAGUGGCCAACAGCCAAACCUGAUCUAGUGUUACCAUUAAAAUAUGCUAUUAAAGAAUAAUUAACGCCUGCGAUGAUUUAAAUAAUGCAUAAUUUUGGAGAAUUAGUAACAUCAAGACAAAUAGCCGCCAUGUCAGUGCACACAAUAUCCAAUCACUAUUCGCACAUAUAACAACAUUUACCUAAUUGGAGUAGAGACCCUGUUUUCAGCCGUAAUUUACCAACCUUAUCCUUCCUUUUGACUAUAUUAAGACAUAAAAUAAAUAAUAAAAUCUAUAUCUUUAUUUCAACUUAAACUUUUGAAACAAGUGAUUUCACAUAAUAUCAGCGCAGAAGUCCUAAAUUCGACUCUACAUUUUACCUUAUUUAAUUAAAUAUUUCACAUAUUAGGUCACCCAUUGAAAGAGAGUCUAGCUCACACAGGAAAGAGAAUGUUAAGAUAAUAAAUAAAUAAUAAAAUCUACAUCUUCCUAUCAGCUUAAACUUUUGAGACAAGUGAUGAUUUCGCAUAAAGCAUGAAAAUUAUUCUACAAUUUGUCCCCCUUUCUCAUUAUUUCUACAUGCAAUUACUGCCACGUGGAUUUGUGGCUGCUGUGGAGGCAGAGUGAAAGGACCCAAUAAUCAGAAACCGAAUAAACAUUUCAUGGAGUUAACAAGGCUAUUGACAACUAAAUGUUAGCUUGCUCAUUUAAAAGCUUCAAUAAGAUGUUAAAUGAGUAAAAUCCCCUUCAUCUUUUCCUAAUCAUUCUUCUCUCAGGGGUGACGAACUUUCAUCAUAGUUGCCAAAAGGGAGAAAUAGCCAUUGUAUUUGCGUACAAAGAAUGAUUUCAAUCAAAAUACUCGUUUUCAAAAACUAUUUUUUUCUUUCAUAGCCCAACUUAUGGUCAUAAUGAUUAGGUAUUCCAUCACAUAGUCUAGCCUUUUAAGGGCACGAAUGGUAAAGGUUGCCCAAUUUAAGAAUGACGAUGUAGGCCAUCAAGGAGACCCAAAAGAAACAUACUUUUAACCAAAAGUAAGAAUGUCCUUUGGAGGCAACAAUACAAACUUCCAACUCUUGUAAAUCAUCGCUAUAAAGAAUAAAUCUCGGCUACUCAAACAACCCAGUCCAAUAGUUGGUACUACUGAAAAUCCAACUGACAGGGGUAAGGAAAAGCUUAGGACAAUGACAGGGAUUGGCUCUUCAUGUGGAGCGUGCAAGUUCCUCAGGAGAAAGUGCACCAGUGAAUGUGUGUUUGCUCCUUACUUUUGUUAUGACCAAGCUGCAUCCCACUUUGCAGCGGUGCACAAGGUGUUUGGUGCAAGUAACGUUUCAAAGCUAUUACUACACCUACCAGUACAAACCCGAAGUGUCGCGGCAACCACCAUUGCUUAUGAGGCACUGGCUAGGGUGCGGGAUCCCAUAUAUGGUUGCGUUGCCGAUAUCUUUGCACUCCAACAACAGGUUGCCAACUUACAAGAGGAGAUAGAUAUCAUUGGGAACCAAAUGGCUAAUGUCGCAGUUGGUGUCAGCAGUUGUGGAAGCUCUCAAGUAAAUACCAGCCCAUAUGAUGGGUUACAAUUCUCUUCACAACAUGAUGACAAGCACACACAAUAUUAUCAAAACCAACAAGGUGGUCUAUUUUCCUAUACUGGAAGUUCCACUGCCAACCAUGCCUCUUUUGAUAGCCAGAUGGAUAUACAGCUCCCUCCUUUAUAUGGAUGGGAAAGCCAAAACUUAUUUGAUGACUCUGUUCCAACUAUCUUAGAGAGCCUCAUUGAGGAAAUUAGCGAAGAGACUCCAUGGUUGUACAAGAAUACCAACAUCAAAACCUGCGCAGGUCCAAUCUAAAAAUACCACGAAUAGCUUUCAUGUGAACAGAAGGCUUGUGUUAUAUAAGGACUCCUUUCGGCUUCCUAUGGUAACAGAUUUUGUACUAGACCUGAUUUUGCAAUUUAAGUAUGCGUAUGACCUGGUAUUUGAGUUGUAGGCAUAGUUAAUUCUAGUUUAAAUUACACACAAACAUCCUUCUCUUCUC